GGAAGUUUCUCCUUCAGUCACAUUCAGUUCAACUUCAAUCUGAGAGAGAGAUGAGGCUCCAUUCACUGCUACUGUUGCUCGCCCUCAGUGGGUGCUCCGCCACAGAACCUCCUGGACCCACAGAGAUCCUCAUAAACUCGGACCUCCAACCAAACCAGUCAGAAGUAGUUCUGACCGCUGGUUCUAAGUUCCAACUUGGUUGCCGUGGUACCGGAUUGGUGCGCAUGUCCACCAAUGCGCUUCGUGUGUUCCCAGUGGGCAAACUGAAUUCCUCUGAGUUUGUAAGUGUGAAUCCGAGACACACCGGUACAUACCAUUGCAUGUAUACCAACCAGAGCCUGAGCCACCUGAACACCUGGAUACACCUGUAUGUCAAAGAUACAGGUAACCCCUCUACCGUAUUUGUCACGCCUCGCAGCUCACCUACUCUUAAAGAGGAUGAUGAUUUCCUGUUCAGGUGUCUGCUGACUGACCCAUCAGUCACAAACCUCACCCUCCAACCAGAAGACAGGGGGAAGGACCUGCCCCCAGGUAUGAACGUCACCUUAGACCCUCGAAGAGGAGCCCUGAUCACAAACGUGAGGAUGUCCUUUAAAGGCCGGUAUACCUGUUCAGGUUGGAAAAAUGGACAAGAGUUCCGAUCCAAACCACUUGACCUGCUGGUUGCUCCCAGGCUGCGUCACCCUCCCUUCCUGUUUGUCCGCCAGGUUGAAUUUGUCCGUCUGGAGGGAGAGUUGUUUACAGUCACCUGUCAGACCCGGAACCCUUCACACUACUACAUUGUCAUCUGGACACACCCACAUAUACAGAACCUGACGAUCCGUGAAAGCAAGCUCUACGAAAACGGGUACUUGAACAUCAACAGUACUUUGACCGUCUCUGCUGUCAGCCGGUCACACAGUGGACCGUACAUCUGUACUGCUCUUAACGAAGCUGGUGAUGCCCAAGCAACCACCCACCUGAGUGUCUUGGAUCAUCCCUACAUGAUUAUCUAUUUCAGCCUUCAGACGGCUGACACCCAACGACUAUCUAGUGACCAAUUUGGUAACUUCAGCAGAGGACUCAGGGGGGCAACUGCGGAACCAGCUCCUAUCAGCAUCAGUUUAGAGAAAAAGCAGGGAGAACUGAUUUUUAAUGUUACUGGUAGCAAAACAGACAGAGAGAGCAGCAUUUACAUUAGUGGCUGCAGGACAGUGGAGGUGUACGAAGGUGGAGACCUGACCAUUACCUGGAUCAUGGAGGCCUAUCCCCCAAUCAGACAGCAUCACUGGAUGACACCAGAACACGUAACCAAUGUUGGCAACAGCAGCGUAUAUGAGAGGAGCUACACUGCCAAAGACUACAGGUCGGAUGCAAACCUUCUGCUGCGGCGGGUGCGUAAGGAGGAUGUCGGUCGAUAUUCUUUUAAUUUUUCUAACUCAUUCUUUAACGGGUCUCUGGAUGUUGAUCUACGGAUCUACCGUUCUCCGACUGUUAGUAUCACUCAGCAGAACCACUCCCUGAUGUGCAGCAGCUCUGGUUAUCCAUGGCCCACAGUCCUCUGGUUGAUCUGCACUGACAAGAACAUGUGUGCUAACAGUUCCACCUAUCAGGUGUCUCCACCUGCUGUAACCUCAGAGGAAGGGGAGGAGGUGAGGAUACUCUUCCCACUGUCCGCUCAUGAUGAUGAUUUCACAGUCAUGUGUAUGGCACACAACCUGGUGGGCGAGUCUCGUCAAGUGUUUGUUCACCGUUCUACUGGACUUUACACUAUCUUCACUCCUGCUAUGAUUGGAGCUCUGAGUGUUUCCUGCAUCCUCCUCCUGCUGUUGGUAGUUGUGUUUUACAAGUGCAAACAGAAACCAAAGUAUGAAAUUCUGUGGAAGAUCAUUGAGAGCAACGAUGGGAACAACUACACCUUUGUGGACCCCACCCAGCUGCCGUACAAUCAGAAGUGGGAGUUUCCUCGAGACAAACUGCGACUCGGUGCCGUUCUGGGCUCAGGGGCUUUUGGCAAGGUUGUUGAAGCAACGGCGUACGGUAUGGAAACCGAAAACAAGGCCACCAGAGUCGCGGUCAAGAUGCUGAAAUCAAACGCUCACACAGAGGAACGGGAGGCUCUGAUGUCAGAGCUGAAGAUCCUUAGCCAUCUUGGUUACCAUGACAACAUCGUCAACCUGCUGGGAGCGUGCACGCAAGGAGGCCCCAUGCUAAUGAUCACAGAGUACUGUAGCCAUGGUGACCUACUCAACUUCCUGCGGGCUCACGCUCAGGACUUCAUGGCGUCCGUGAUAACAGUAGACGAGGUUGGAGAUGAGGUGUUCUAUAAGAACGUGACACAGCAAGAAAAGCUGCGCAGUGACAGUGGGAUCUCAUGCUGGUCAGAGUACCAGGAGAUGCAACCGGCCCUGUUUCCAGGUCAAAAUGACCAAGGUGAACACAUGUUCAGUCUGUCUCUCUGUGACCUCAUGAGGUUUUCCUACCAUGUGGCUCAGGGACUUGACUUCCUGUCCUCCAAAAAUUGCAUCCACAGAGAUGUGGCAGCAAGAAACGUCCUGCUGACGGAUUUUCGUGUUGCAAAAAUCUGUGACUUUGGUUUGGCUCGAGACAUUCGAAACGAUGACAGCUACAUUGUUCAGGGAAAUGCCCGGCUGCCGGUAAAGUGGAUGGCACCAGAGAGCAUCUUUCAGUGUCUCUACACAGUACAAAGUGAUGUCUGGUCCUACGGAGUCCUGCUGUGGGAGAUCUUCUCUCUGGGUAAGAGCCCAUAUCCCAAUGUUGUGGUGGAUACCAACUUCUACAAGAUGAUCAAAGAUGGCCACCACAUGGAGCAACCAGAGUUCGCUCCAAAUGAAAUGUAUCACCUCAUGAAACUCUGCUGGAGUCUGGAGCCCACCCACAGACCAACCUUUAAAACCAUUGGUCAGCUCAUCAAGAGUCUCCUCCCCUUGACCAAUGACAUGAUGCCAUGUCAGAGCGACCAGGUGAUGUAUAAAAACAUUGAUGAAUGCAGACAAGAAGAAGAAGAGGAGGUCCGAGGUAGUGCACUGAAGAGAAAAGAAGAGCAAGAUCACCAUGACGACUGUGAAGAUGGAGAGGAGAGGGAGCCGACAAUGAACAACAUCUACCAGCUCUCCUGAACCUAUCACCUAAUCAGUUUCGGUUGCUAGUGAAACUUUAUAGACAAUCUCACAUUGACAAAUGAAAAUCAGUGUCAAUUUAUUCCAAUAACAAAGUUCUCUAUCGUCAGUCAAAGAAAAGAAAACUCUAAAUGCAGAGAAAACAUCAUUUGUUCUAGCAAGGUCUCAGAAUCUGCUGGAAUUAAAAGCCAAAGAAAGGAUUGAGACUUGAACUGAGCAGAAAACGAUUGCACUGCUUUGGUACAGCCACCGUAGAAGCAGGAAAGGCUUUUAGAUCUUUGUCUAAGCCAAGCCCAAAUUUAUGACCAGAGUGGUCGGAAACUACUUUACAACCAGAUCUUUACAUCAUUUAGACAUUUCAGAAUGAAAUGAAACAUUAUGAAAAUGUAUCUACAUCUAUAAAUAAUAGAUAAUGAUUUAAUGUGACAAUUAAAUUGUGCUAUGAUUGAAUGCAUAUUAAAUCUCAGCUCAUUAUUAUGAAAUAUAUUUUAUUUUCCAUUAAAAAUCAGCUUUAUAAUAUAAAAGACUGUCAUAUAAAAGGUCAAGGUUUAGGAAGGAUGGUGGAGUUUUUUUAAUGUCAUUCAGCUCUGGUUACCUUAGCAGAUCAAACUGAGGGGAAUAAUUUAUCAUAUGAGGCCAUUGUGAGUUGUUUGGAUGACAUCUUUCAAAUGAUCGGGAUGAUAAUUGCUCUCCAGAAUGUUAGCAUCGACGAUGCCAUUGUGGAUCCCCCGAGAGCCAGCAUUCAAGACUUUAGUGGUGUCUGGCAUAACCAUCGGGGUUAUUGCUGUUAUGUUUUCUGUGUCGCCCAGCACAGUUCACUGCGUACCGGUGAGCCGGCAGUCAUGCCAGCCGACGUUAGCUCUGAUGGCUGCUGAGGAGGUCAUGCAAUCAUUUAAAUCUGGUGUACUGGAACAGAGGCACAUUUAAAACAUGUAGGGCAGGGGUACUAGAGGAGCAGGGUUGGGAAACACUGGUAUAGAUGAGCCUCUAACAUCAUCUGAGAGAUUGUGUUGUCACCUCUCAUGAUUGUGGAGAAAAGAAUUGCUGAAAGUGACACAAAAAAAUAUAACAGAUAAGCAUUAGUAGCUACUUUGACCCGUUAUUUCUCCAACAAUCUACAAUAAAAUUAUUUAUUUUUUACAUAAACAUGUAUGUGAAAGUUGUAAAUAUGUCAUUAAUAUACAUUUUCUGAAGGUUACUUUUCUGUUUUCCUCUUAAUUACUCAACCGUUGCCUGGAUUGGCAUCUGGUCUGCUCUAUUGUCUGCGUGAAGCUGAUCUUUAACAGAGAGCUGACAUCACCGGCGUGACUGUCGACUCACUGGACCGCAGUGAACUGUGCUGUGGUCUGCAUAUUCUUGACUACAUAAAAAUAGCCUCAACAAUAAUUUCAAUUAUUAGGUAAAAAUUUUAUAUGAAAAUUCUUUUAUAUUAUAAAGUUGAUUUUUAAUGGAAAAUGAAAUAUAUUUCAUAAUAAUGAAUGAGAAUUUAAUAUGCAUUCAAUUAUUUCACAAUAUCAUUGUCACAUUAAAUCAUUAUCUGUUAUUUAUAGAUGUAGAUACUUAUUUCACGAUGUUUCAUUUAUUUAUUUAAUUUUGAACGCUUUGGCGUCCAUAGGCAGCCCCCACAGGUAAAAGGAGCUGCAGAAGAGGAGUACUGACCAGGAGUAUAUGACUUAAAGCCGGAUUUAGAUGAUGAGCCUCAAAUACCAAGCAGCUCUGAGAGCAGAAUAUUAUGGUCCAUAGAGAACUAAAACAGCAGAGUUUCCUGAAUCAACUGUUAAAACUCUUCACAUGGCCUUCUCUGUACUAUGGCCAGAGCUUAAACCAGACCAGAACUUUUCAUUGAUGCUGUUGGAUCUCAAAUAAUUCUGAAAUCAAAAUUACUUUCUCUGAAAUCUUGGAAAAAGGUGGUUUAGAUGUUUGUCUGUUGUUAGAAAUCCCUGUUGGAUGAACAUCCUAUUUUAUAAGUGGCUGCACGUUAAAAAGCAGCGAGAAGAAAGGGACAUACUGUCGGGGGGCUGUCUCCAGUGGUCAGAGAAAGGGUUCCUCCUGGAUGGGUCAUCAGUUCAACAACAGGCAACAUUUCGCUUCAGCUUUCUAAAGAAAUAAAUCAUUUUGUCUAAUUUUGGUGAUUUUACCUAUGAAGAACGACUUCUUCCUGUUUGUGUUUUAGUCAUGUUAGGUUCUUCAGUGUUGGAUGUUAAACUGAGGCGUGUUCCUUCUUGUCUGAAACAUGUUAAAUGUAACAUGUUAAUAUCAUGCUCGAUGUUUGAAUCAUAUUGUGUCAUAAACCGAACAGGAAAUAGGAUAUGACCUUCAGAGUAAAGGUCUGGGUCUAUCUGUUCCUAGCAUCAAGUGUUUGACCUUUAGUUAGUUCUCAAAGGUUCUCCUCAGGUUCUCACCAGAGAUGGACUCUGAUAUUCAUGAAUAAAUCCAAAUGAACAAAC